AUGUCGUUGGCUAGCUUGAUUCUCAAAGUCCUAUCACUAGCCAGUAUCGGCGUGAUCUUUCAAUACAUCUGGUCAUAUCUUUCAUCUCCAAUCAAAAACAUACCCGGUCCAUUCGCUGCUAAAUUCACAAAUCUAUGGCGAUUGAUCGAUACUUUGGGAGGCAGAGCACAGCUAACGCAACAAUUGCUUCAUCGAAAGUAUGGACAAGCAGUGAGAGUUGGUCCUGACAUCGUCAGUUUGAGCGAUCCUGAACUCAUUCGCAAAGUUUACGAUAGUAGAGGGUCGUUUUUGAAGACUCAAUUUUACGAGCUGAACGACACAAAAGUCGGAAACAAUCUAGUCAAAAACGUAUUCAGCACGAGAAAUAAUGCCGAUCACACGAGGAGACGUACGAUUUUGGCCCCAUUUUACAAGAUGUCUCAUCUCAUUCAAUCCGAGACAUUGGUGGACGAAUGGCUAUUGUUCUUUGCUUGGGACGUUGUCGGUCAGUUGACUUUUGGUAAACCGAUGGGUUUCAUGGAUCAUGGCAAAGAUCAUCAUGGUGGUCUACUUUCGAUUGCAGAGAAGUCGCUUGAUUACUUUGCCGUCGCCGGUCAGAUUCCUCAGCUCGACCAUUGGUUCAAUAAAAUUCCAAUCAUUAAAAUUGGACCUCAAACGUUCGACAUAGCAGCCGGUUUCUGUGCUCAACAAUCCAUCGCAAGACAGCAAGCUACCGGUGCUAAAUCCGAAGAAUCAAGAAAAAAUGACAUGCUAGACGACUUCCUCCGCAUCAAAAUCACUGAUCCAGAGCAAGUGGACGAUAUGGGAGUAGUUGGCGCCCUAUUGGUAAAUAUUCUCGCAGGCGCAGAUACUACCACCACCUUGAUGCGUGGAGUUGUCUACUACGUCCUAAAGAAUCCAUGCGUCCUACAAAAACUGCAAAAAGAGCUCGACAGUGCUGGAUUGACAAUUCCUGUGGCUUAUUCAAAAUCCUCUAAAUUACCAUAUCUCGAAGCAGUAAUCCGCGAAAGUUGUCGAAUGAACCCAGGCGUGGCUCUCAUUCUCGAACGAACAGUCCCAGAAGGUGGCCUAGAACUUUCGGACGGCACGAUAAUUCCGCCUGGAAUUAAGGUUGGUAUGAACUCGUGGGUGAUCCAUCAAGACAAAAAUGUUUACGGGCAAGACGCGGCGGUUUUCAGACCUGAACGAUGGCUGUGUGAGGAUGGAGAACCGACGGAUGUGUAUGAGGAACGUUUGGCGAGCAUGAAGAGACAUGAUCUGACAUUUGGCGCUGGGAAGAGAGCUUGUCUUGGUAAAUCCAUGGCCUUGUUAGAGACUUACAAGUUGAUUGCUAGUUUGUUUCUCAAGUAUGAGAUGACUUUCGUUGACCCUAAAAAGGAAUGGAAAGUUCAAAACUCUUGGUUCAUCAGACAGACAGGUAUUGAUAUCAGAAUGCGACACAGAAAAUAA